UCCACCUCGUCGCAACCACCUCCGCCAUGCUCCUCCUCUGCUACUGUGGACUCCGGGCAGCUUUAUCGCCAGGGUCCCCGAACUCUCGCUCUCUUUUCCAUCCCCCGCAUUGGAUCACCUAUGUGCCCCACCAUGUCAGACACAGCGGUGGACACCAGCUCUGAGAUCACCACCAAGGACUUAAAGGAGAAGAAGGAAGUUGUGGACGAGGCAGAGAAUGGAAGAGACGCCCUUGCUAAUGGGAAUGCUAAUGAGGAAAAUGGGGAGCAGGAGGCUGACAAUGAGGUCGAUGAAGAAGAGGAAGAAGGUUAUGGUGAAGAAGAGGAUGGAGACGAAGAUGAGGAAGCUGAGGCCACCACGGGCAAAAGGGCAGCUGAAGAUGAUGAGGAUGAUGAUGCUGAUACCAAGAAGCAGAAGACUGAGGAGGAUGACUAGACAGCAAAAAAAGAAAAGUUAAACUUAAAAAAAAAAAAAAAGGCCACCGUGACCUAUUCACUCUCCACUUCCCGUCUCAGAAUCUAAACGUGGUCACCUUCGGGUAGACAGGCCUGCCCGCCCGCCCACCGCAGGCAGCGCCACCCGCAGGUGACAUACGCUCUUGACUACCCAACCAAAACCAUGAGAAUUUGCAACAGGGGAGGAAAAAAGAACCAAACCUUCCAAGGCCCUGCUUUUUUUCUUAAAAUUUCUUUAAAAAGGAAAUUUGUUUGUAUUUUUUAUUUACAUUUUAUAUUUUUGUACAUAUUGUUAAGGAUCAGCCAUUUUUAAUGAUCUCAGAUGACCAAACCAGCCUUCAGAGUGGUCUCUGUCCUACUUCUGACUCUAUGACUUUACUUGUGGUGUGACCAUGUUCAUUAUAAUCUCAAAGGAGAAAAAAAAAACCUUGUACAAAAAGCAAAACCAACAACAAAAAAUAAUCAUAUUCUAAGCAUUCUAGUAACUUUUUUUGUGUAUGUACUUAGCUGUACUAUAAGUAGUUGGUUUGUAUGAGAUGGUUAAAAAGGCCAAAGAUAAAAGGAGGUUUCUUUUUUUCCCUUUUUUUUUUGUCUAUGA